AUGGGUGUGUUUAUUCCUCAUGAGAACCUCGUCAAACUAAAAGAAUACAAAUAUCAGAGUGAGGAUCGAUCCAUCAUCUCAAAACACAUUCUAAAACCAUUCUGGUCGCAGUUUGUUAAGAUAUUCCCAUUAUGGAUGGCACCUAAUGUUGUUACUCUCUCCGGUUUUGGAUUCAUCAUCAUCAAUGUUUUGACUGUUUUGUAUUUGAAUCCAACCUUUGACCAAGAGCAACCAAGUUGGGCUUAUUUCUCUUAUGCACUCGGUCUUUUCAUGUAUCAAACUUUUGAUGCUUGUGAUGGUACACAUGCUCGUCGCACUGGACAAUCCGGUCCAUUGGGAGAAUUAUUUGAUCAUUGUAUUGAUGCAUUGAACACGACUUUGUCAAUGCUAGUCUUUUGCUCAGCAGUUGGUAUUGGAUUUGAUUUUAUGAUGCUUGUUUGUCAGUUCGCGUUGUUAUGCAACUUCUAUUUAAGUACAUGGGAAGAAUAUCAUACUCAUAAGUUAUUUUUAAGUGAAUUUAGUGGUCCUGUUGAAGGUAUUUUAAUGAUCGUCUUCGGUUUCAUUCUUACCGGAAUUUUCGGACCACAAGCAGUCUGGCACAGAGAACUCUUUGUCUUGAAUUUUGCUGAUACAUCCUUCGUGGUUGAAAGCAUUCAUGUCAUGUUCUUUUUCUCAGGUCUUGGCUUAAUCUUCAAUAUCUUAUCUGCAAGAAGAAACGUGGUUGAGUAUUACCGUGAAAACUCCUACAGCGAGUCUGAAGUUAAGUCCAAUAUUAGAAAAUCAGAUAAAGGUUUAUUGCCCUUCUUCGCAUACUUUUCAUCGGUGUUCUUGGUUGCUUUUGUGCAACCAUCCUUCAUUGGUUUGCCUUACGUCUUAAGUGUUGGUUUGACUAUGGCAUUUACCGUUGGGAGAAUCAUCGUGGCACAUUUGACAAAACAGGAAUUCCCAAUGAAUCAGCCAGUUAUGUUCGUUCCUUCUUUGCAAUUGAUCAUUUAUCUAGUAUUUGUGAAGGGAUUCCAUCUGACUAGUGAAAAUAUUGUUCAUAACUUGAACUGGUUCGGAUUCGGUUUGACUCUUGGGAUACACAGUAUGUUCAUCACUGAGAUAGUCUACGAAUUCACCAACUACUUGGAUAUUUACACCUUAUCCAUUAAGCACCCUAAAAAAGAAGAGUAA